AUGUCUCCACAAUCCCAUACUAGCCCACUGCGCGAUCGCCUGCCGAACUCAGCUUCAAGUCCGCAGCCGCGGCGGCUUGUGCUCUGCUUCGAUGGCACGGGAAACCAGUACAUGGGGACCGAGGAGGAUACGAACAUUGUCAAGAUCUAUGAAUCUCUUGAAAGACAUAAACCCGGGCAAUAUGCCUACUAUCAACCUGGAAUUGGAACCUUGACCUACGUCCGAGGCUCUUCGCGCCAAACCAGCGGCUUCAGCAUGUGGGCGAGAUUCAAAGCACGCAUCAGAGCCCUGAUGGACGAGGGACUAGGAGUAUCUUUUGCCAGCCAUCUAAUCGCUGGCUACAAAUUCGUGAUGCGCUACUACUCCACCGGCGACCACAUCUACAUCUUCGGGUUCUCGCGUGGCGCGUACACAGCUCGAUUCCUCGCAGAGAUGAUCCACAACAUUGGCCUUCUCUCGCGUGGAAACGAAGAAAUGGUCCCGUUUGCCUGGGAUACAUUCAGCCGCUACCAAAGCUCCCGAGGCAAUGUGCCGCAGACUGACGAGGACCGAGAGCUAGCGCGGUACAUGAAGAAAUUCAAGACGACGUUCUGUCGCCCCGACGUCGGCGUGCACUUCCUCGGCCUCUUCGACUGUGUGAACAGCGUCGGCCAGUUCGAGAUUCCUUUCUUCCGCAAGUCGUACCGGUACAUAGCCAGCCCAUCGGCACGACACAUCCGUCAUGCUGUCUCGAUCCACGAGCGUCGGCUGAAGUUUAAGCCUGCGCUCUUUCAUAUCGACCCGAAGCAUAAAGACUGUGUGGAUCUAAAGGAAGUGUGGUUCGCUGGAAACCACGGAGAUGUGGGUGGUGGAUGGCCGUUGAGCAAGCGCCAGAAGCACCUUCUGUCGGAUAUUCCGCUUGACUGGAUGAUCCAGGAGGUAUUGAACUUACCUGACUCGGACAGCAAGCUGGACUUUAUGCCAGCGAAUGUGGAACACAUGAAGAGGACUGCGACGCACUCGCUGUGUAGAGAUACGGAGCCAGGCACCGAAGCCUACCAUAUAGCGCAGAGAACAUACAAACCUCACGAUAAGCUGCGCUUCGGGCAAGGCGGAAGCGCCUUCUCCGUCAUCUUAUGGUGGAUUUUAGAGGUCCUCCCCAUCGCAACUCGCCUCGAAUUAGAGAAAGGGAAAUGGGUUCCACGACGUCUCCCGCCAAACAUGGGAGCUUCGAGAGACAUUCCGCGCGGAGCAGCGAUCCACCCGAGCGUGUAUGAGAUGCUGGAUUCCGGUAUCUUAGAUGACUUUCCUAUCCCCAAGCCGGGUGGUGAUAACCCGAAUCUCCCUCCGAACCUUGUUGACGAUGAGCGACUGCAUAUGCAGAAGAGAAACGGUGUGGCGGCGUAG